AUCACAUUCCCUGCCGCUGCACUGACAGCAGGCGGGUUUAUCUUCCGUGUUGACGAACUACUCAGGACUCAAUACGGUGGCUUAGCGUAUGCCUCGAACACUUCUCAAACCAGCCCAAAAAAACAACCCAUGCAUUUGACCCCUCCAUGUUGAAUGGACGGCUGACCCUCGCGCAUACUACAUAUCUCUCUUCUCUCUCUACAUGACGGAGAAUUGCGUAAUUCUAUCUUGGGAUGCCAUGCAGCAUCGAACCCAUCCCUGCUUCUCACUUAUCGCCGCCACCCGGAUAUGGCUUUCCUUCCUGUUAAUGCCUGUCAUAUUUCCAAUCCCUGACUCCAGCUGCCGCCCAGUGAGUGGACAGCCACAUCUGCAGAGAACUCCAUGGAUAGAUGAACCAAUUCUUCCCGGUCUCCCGAUCAAUGAAAUAACUGGCGCAGGAGCUGUCAUGCACUGUCUGGCUGAGAGCCGCCUGCAGAGUCUGGUGGAAUUGCUUCUCGGCCUCAACCUUUACCUCGACGGAAGUGUCCCUGCCCCGAAGGAUUGGGCUGAUGACAGAGAUGAUAAGAUCCACAUAACUGACCCGUCAGCCAUCUGGUCUAGGUUCGGAUCGGGGAUCACCACGCAGGUGCACUAAUUGGGGGGAUUGAGGGUGGACUCAACCUUUCAAUUGAUACCAAGGUAGAUGUAUGCGCUCGCCCUGAGUUCGGUCCCAGAACAUAGAAGAAAUUGGGGAAGCCAUGCAUCGCCACCGACUGGGUGACGUCAAACUGAGUGAGGGAAAAUCCUGUUGCUAGCAGCUGGGAUGGUCAACGUCAAUCCAACCCAGAUGACCAAUUCUAUCCCCCCCUUCCCCCCGGGUUUCCACUCACACAUCGGGAAUUUGACUUACAAUGAUAUCGGCAGGAAUUGUUUCACCAGACCUUGUCACAAUGGAAUUGGGCUGCACCGCCAAGAUAGGGUCAUUUGUCAG